AAAAAAAACCUCUACGCUCCUUCCCCCAACUGGCACCGCCGCCACGCUUUUCCCACAACCUGAACCUCAAUCUGCUUUACCACCACCCGGCCCUGCCCUCGCCUGGUGCCACCCGCCCGGUCGCAGAUAGAUCGGGCGCACAAGAUCCCGCCGCGGCGCGAUUUCAUCUGCUGGAUUGACAUCGCCGCCCCGCCCCGCCUCGGCCGCCCGCGCCCGCGACACAAGCGGUUUAGCCUCCUCGCCACCACCCGCCCACCACCCGCCCAUCAUGUCGACCCAGCCGUGGGCGCCCACCGGCUUCCUCGACGCAGACAUGGUUGAGCCCUUCCAAGACAAGUUGACCAACCCAUUCGACGUGUUGGACAUACCGAACGAGGAAGUGGCCAGGAUCAAAGCCAUCGGCGACAUCGACACGGCCGGCAUGGAGGCGAGCCUCCUGGUCUCCAGGCAAACCCGCAGCGUCUCCCUCUUCUACGAGGACCGUCUCUAUCGCGGCAACCAGCAAGCUCUCGACGGUAAACACUACAAGCAGCUCGACAUGACGACGUGGAAGGACUUCCUCACGGUCGGCACCGAGUCGCCCGCCAAGGUGUACACCCGGUUCAGGGCGCUGGCCGUCUUCUUCGCUGGCGCUCCCCGCUCCUUUUUCCCCAAGCGGGCCGACGUCCCGAACGGCCCCAAAGACAUGACGCGCCCGGACAUCUAG